CUUAAAAAAAUCUUCAGAAUAUAGAGCCUACAGAAUCCAUUCUUUUAUAUUUAUGCUUUUAUAGUUUAUAAGCAAUAUUAAUAUCUGUUGUCCGAUUACUGCGCGAAAGGGAAACAAAAUCAACAAAGUUAUUCGAUACUUUAUAAUGUUGCAAGUAUAAAAAUAAUAUAUUUUGCGAAAGUCUGCUAUUUAAUUCACACAUUUACAUCCAAAUAAUAUCAUGUAUUUAUAUUAUUCGUUACAGCAAUCGUUGCAGAAAUUGGGCCCCGCUCUAACUGUCACCUAACUCCGGACCUGUUACUCUGUUUACCUUUGCAUUAUCAUGUAGCUUCGAGUGAUCGAUGAAAUGGCAUUAUAGUAAAGGUUCUUGUAAAGAGCUGGUGUUAGAAAAAUAUUGACCAAAAAUGAGUGAAUUUAAAAUUAAAUAUAUAAUAUUAAUAUUAGUGCUGUUUGUAUGUUUGGCGGAAGGAAACGAAGUAGAAGCCAGGGGAAAAGGCGGCAAAUUUGCGUUGUUAAUUCACUUCUUCUAUGUAGCGGCGACCAAACUGUUCGUUCUCAAGUUAAUCUACGGCGCCCUGUUCUACGUGAUAGCUACAAAAGCGUGGCACUUCGCUCUAUGGUUCAUCCACUACCUGAAAGAGAAGAAACACGAGCACCACGAGUAUAUUGAAGAUCAUGAGCCGUACCAUGGUCAUUAUGAGACCUAUGAUCAUGAUUCCUACGGUCCAUACGGUUAUGAUAAACAUGGGUAUAAGAAACGGGUGUAUGAGACCAAGCCAGGACAUGAAAGUGGACCUUAUGGGGCCAGUGGACCUUAUGACUCGAGUGGUCAUGGAUUAAAAAGACCUUAUGGAUCUAGUGCGUACGGAUUCAGUUCUUCUGGACAAGUGUAUGAUGCUGAUGGGUCGUAUUCAGUGAAGAGUGGAUGAGAUAUUAAUUAAUUUAAGUGAAGUGCCAUUAAUACCUCGUUAUUUAUUUAUUUAAUUAAAUUAUUGUUAGUUGUA